AUGCAUUUGGCAGCGUUCUUAGUACUAGGAAGCACUUCAACUGUGCUUGCAAAUUCCCAACAUUGGCCGUCUUGGAACAAGCCUAGCCCACCACACCACGGCAGCAAAUCUUGGAUACCAAACUUCAAGAACUUGGUUGCUUUUGGAGACAGUUAUACCGACGAAUCUCGACUAAGUUGGUUUUUUGGCCACAAUGGUACUGGUCCACCUGCAGGAACUCUGACGCCUUUCAGUAAUAAUACUGCUGGAGGUGGUGUGACUUGGGAUCGAUGGGUUUCCGAAUAUUCUGGUGCUGCGCUUUAUGAUUACGCCGUUGCUGGGGCCGUUUGUGACAACAACAUCAUAUAUAGAUAUCUCGCUGGCAUCAAUGGGCCGUUUCCCGAUGUGGUGUACGAGGUCAACUCGUUUGUUGCAGACACAAAAUUCGUCAAUGCUACCACUAACACCAACACACUAUACACGAACCGGAAAUCUGACAACACGGUUUACUCAAUGUGGAUUGGAACGAACGAUCUUGGGAACGGUGCUUUCUUGACCGACAGCUCUUUGAAUGACACCACCAUUCCCGAUUACGUGGACUGUAUUUUCAAGCGAUUCGACACGCUUUACAAAAAUGGAGCGAGAUACUUCGUGCUUAUGAAUACUGCUCCUUUAGAACUAUCACCUUUGUAUGGUCUGCCAGGAAAAGGUGGGCUGGCAGCCAGUCACUAUUGGCCAGAUAAGCCUGCCAACAUCACAGAAGUUUCAUACAAAAUGAAGGAAUACACACAACUCGUUAAUGACAUCUACGCCUACCGAACACCUUACGAGUUGUUAGUCGCAAAGCGUUACCCGGGAGCUUCGAUUGCAGUUAUGGAUAUGAACAGUUUCAUGUCGGAUGUCUAUUACAACCCAGCACCAUAUCUCUCCUCGCCUGCAAACGUCACUGGCCAGUACUACCUCUGCGACGUUGCUACUGGAUCGCAGUGCACCAGCUCCAAUACCACGCUAGACCAUUUCUUUUGGUACGACGAAUUGCAUCCUUCUGAGCAGGUGGACAAAGCCAUCGCAAAGGAGUUUAUAAAUGUAGUGAAAGGGACUUCGAAGUACGCCACAUAUUGGUGA